AUGAAACGUAGUAGAGCCAGUAAAGGAAGGCAACUGAGAAGGAUUGAACUAAAUGGGUCCUGCAACAAGUUGUUGGGCAUAUACGAGCCUUCAAACUGGGGUGUCGAAAACAUGGAAGAUCAUCCCAAGGGGGAUGUUUGCAGAAGGGUUCUCAGAUGUGAAAAAAAUAAAGAAAGGGGUGGUGUAGAGAAGCAGAGUAACAAAAAUAUCUUAAAAGUUAGUGAUGAGAAAGAAGGGAGAAAGUGGAAGGGGAGUCUCUAUAAUGCCUCCCUUGAGGAAAUGAAGUCUGACGCUUUCCUAUUGGUUCAUUCUCUGAACCUUCUCACAUCAGCCACCGCCACGUGUCAGCACCACUCAACCAACUGGGACCCACAUGCUCCCUCCUUCCUUCUCCAGCUCCUAUUCAUUCCCACAUCACCUCCCACGCGCCCUCCUUCCCUUCCUCUCUCUCUCUGCUUUCUCUAG